AUGUCGACCACUGUGACUAUCGAGCUCCCCCCGCGCGAAGAGCUGCGCAGCCCGCCAGGCGAACCUGACCAGGCGUAUGCCCCCAACCCAGACGCCAAUGUUACUCGAGUAAAGCAGAAAUGGAACGAGCCCUCCAUCAACAAAUGGCGCAUCGCUGCGGCCUUUGCCUCCUUUGCGAUCACGGGCGCCAGUGAUGGUGUGUAUGGUGCUCUAGUUCCCUACAUCCGUGAAGACUUCAACCUGUCCACGACGGUGGUCUCCCUGAUCUUCAUGACACCAUUCGCCGGCUAUACACUAGCUUCUAUUGCCGUCAACAAGAUCCAUAUGACCUUUGGGCAGCGGGGGAUUGCAAUCAUCGCGCCACUAUGCCACCUCAUUCCAUUUAUCAUCAUGGCCACUGUUCCCCGGUUUGCGGUCCUGCUUGUCGCGUACGCUUUCGUUGGGCUUGGCAAUGGGUUGAUCGACGCCGGUUGGAAUUCGUGGGUCGGAGACAUGGUCAAUGCAAGUACCUUGAUGGGUCUCAUGCAUGCAUGUUAUGGACUCGGCGCUACAAUAAGUCCGGCUAUUGCAACCGCGAUGAUUGACCACGGCUUGAAGUGGUAUACAUUCUACUAUACCCUUGUCGGCGGCGCCGCUGUGGAACUCGUCAGCUGCAGCCUGUUGUUUUGGCCUGAAAACGCGGCGCGGUUCCGUGCGAAUACCCCUAAGCUGCCAGGUUCCGGGAAAGAUUCUCGAACAAUGGAGGCCGUGAAGAGUAAAGUCACUUGGGUUCUGGCUUUCUUCCUCUUUGCGUACAUGGGUGUAGAGGUAUCAAUUGGUGGCUGGAUCGUCGAGUUCAUGAUGCAAGUCCGUGACGGCGGCGCCGUUCAAUCUGGCCUUGUCCCCACGGGUUUCUGGGCCGGUAUAACAGUUGGUCGAGUCGUACUUGGGCUUGUGAACGAACGCAUCGGCGAACGACUUGCGGUUGUCAUCUUCCUCGUGCUGUCGAUCGCCCUCGAGCUUGUCUUCUGGCUGGUCCCGCAGUUCGUCGUUUCCGCCGUCGCCGUUUCCUUGAUUGGAUUCUUUACUGGGCCUAUGUUCCCCGCUGCGAUCACUGUCGCCGCCAAGUUGCUUCCCAAACAUCUACAUACUCCGAGCAUUGGGCUUAUCUCAGCGCUGGGAGGGAGUGGUGGCGCUAUUCUGCCCUUCGUCGCUGGUGCUAUCGCGCAACCACACGGAGUAUCGAGUCUGCAGCCCUUUGUUUUGGCUCUCCUCGUCACUAUUACCAUUCUCUGGCUGCUCCUCCCAAGAACACCCCGUCAUGACCAUGAGCACUAA